AUGCCUCACGUGCGAGAGGAUCUUGUUGAUCAAAUUACGGAAGCAGGGUUCACGAGAGAACAAGCGAUUGCUGCACUCAACAAGGCUAACAACAAUGUUACAAGAGCCUUUGAUUUUCUCUUGUCAGAUAUACCUCUCAAUGAUAGUAAUGGAGCGGAGUAUGAUUUGGCCGAUGAUAAUACAUCAACCACGGCAGUAGCAGUCGUUCAUCAUCACAAUGAUGAUAUUUCGGGAGCUCCAGGUGGUCCAACAAUUAGUGAUAUGAAUAGAUACUACAAUGAUUCGGAUAGUUCUUCAACAACAUUUAGUACGAGUGAUGGAGAUGUGCUGGGUGAUGAUCAAGAAGAAGCUCAUCAAGCCAGAGCUACCAAUAUUGCUCCCGAUCAACAGCAAGCAGCAUCGGCUUCUCAUCAUCAGCAACACCAUCGUCGUUCAGAUAGUACCGAUAAUAUUCCUGAUCUUGAAGACGAACCACAACAGAGUGGUGCUCGUGUCCAUCAUCGUUCGCAACAACACACAAGCGAACCAACAGAUGAGUUUUUCUUCGAUACUGCUGCUUUUGAAUUCAAUGAUAACAGACGAUAUGAACGAUCUCCAUACUAUGAUCAUCACAACGCUCAUAGACAUUCAAGUCAUUCAUCUCACAAUAAUAGUUUUGAAGAUGCUCUCAAUAUGGCCAUCCAAGCUUCCUUGCAAGAUCAAAAACGAGAUUCAGAGCCUAAAACACCCAUCGAAAAGUACAGAAAGCAGUCACACAUUCCAAUAGGAUUGAAAAAUAUUGGAAACACAUGCUAUGUUAAUUCUCUUUUUCAAGCAUUCUUCAUGAUUCCAAAACUGAAGCAAUUAGUGUUUACUUUUUCCGAAGAAGAAUUUAAAGCCAGAGUUCAAGCUAAAAUUGAAAAAUUAGCAAAUCAACAAAAAGAAAAUGAUAAGCAGCCUUCACAGGUACAACAACAAGUAUCUAACCGCAUCUUGUUGGAAAGACAGGCUGAAAAAGAUUUGAAUUUUGUAAAAGAAGUUCAAAGACUGUUUUCCAAAAUGAUUCUCACAAAUAGAACAUUUAUAGAUCCAUCGGCACUGGUGGACGCGCUAUUAAAGGAAGGAGUAGAUGUAAAUAUAGGUUACCAAGAAGAUAUUAGCGAAUUUUACAAUAGAAUUUUAAUUUUACUUGAAAGGAUGUUUUCACAAGAAUGGGAAGACAAAAUUGAAAACAAAACAAACAGUAUUAGUCUCGAAAACCCACUUAAACAAAUAUUUUACGGUAUCUGUACAGAAGAAUUAGAAUAUGAAAAUAGAGAAAAGGAAACGGUCACUGUUAGCAAAUUAUCCGAACUUUGUAAUUUAAUUUUGAAUGUUAGCGAAGAAUUGAAUAAUUUUUAUGCAUCCCUUGAUGCUUAUUCCACAACAGAGAUUGCUGAUUAUUCGAUAGAAGCAAACUACAAAUCUAAUGUUGUAAAGACCACUUGGUUCAAAACACCUCCUCCUGUAUUAUUAGUUCAGUUACAACGAACAUCCUUUGACAUCACCAAAAAAGUUGCUCACAAAAUUAAUCUUCCGUUCGACUUUCAACAAGUAAUUUAUCUAGACAGAUACUUAGAAUCUAACAAACAAAAGACAACAUCUAAACGAGAGAAAAUCAAGCAAAUUAAGCAAAAAAUCGCGGACUUGGAGAAUGAGCUCAAUAGCUAUGUGAAUUUUAAAGGAACCUCUGGUUUGUCACUAGAAUUCUUAUUUAAUGGAGUACUGGAAUAUGUCAAUCAAAAGCAACUCGAACUAUCCUUAAACUCCAAUGACACAAAAGUAACAGCAAGCUCCAUUGAAAGCUCCGUGAAAGUAUUCGAAAAUAUACGUAAUCAAGUAGUGAAGAAAGUAGAAUCACUGAAACAUGAAAUUGCAGCAUUGAAAGAAAGUGUGAGAACCAUGUUUGACGACAUGCACGACUGCGCUUAUGACCUUUGUGCCAUAUUGGUACACGAAGGAAGCCUGGCAUCGAGUGGUCAUUAUUUCAUUUACCACCAUGACCAGUAUCUCAAUACAUGGUGGAAAUUUAACGACAUGAAAGUAACAGAGGUCACUGAGGAAGAGGUGAUGAAAACCUCCAAAGGCAACAACGAUAAGGAGAUUAGUUCUAGCGCCUAUUGCUUGGUAUACAUUGAUAGUAACAGAGUGAAUGUUGAGGACAAAGACUUUAUUUGCAAGGACACAACUCUUCAACAAAAAAUUGAAGAAAACAUUGCAUCACUCAAAGAGUCUUUGCACAAACUUGAACAUUCUCACGACUCAUGUUGUGGACACAAUCACAAUCACGGUGAACAAAAGCCGAAUCAUGAUUCCAAACUCGAGGAUCUUCACGAGUAUAGCUCUCUAGAAGAAAUUCUAGCUGGUUAUCCUGCCACAGCUCGUGAUGUGAAAACAGAAAUUCUGCAAGAAAAGUGGAAAACAUUAAUUCCACAUGACAUUCAAGAGGAAGUGUUGUUCCAAAACAAAAAGUUCAUUGAAGAAAUUCAUAUUUGGAUUGAACAACAAAAGGAAAAACGAGAACGUGAACGCAAGCACUUCCAGCAUCAAUACAACGAUGCUAUUAACAGAUGUUUCCAAUUUUGUCAAGGCCAGGUCAAUAGCACAUAUACCUAUUCGAUGUCUCUUCAAAACGAUGCCAGGAUUGCAAGCUUCCAGGUAUUCCUAUGUGCUAUAGAUCAAAUUGGACCUAUGAAAUUUACCAUCGCUGAUCAAAUCUUCUACAGCAUGUUUCAUCGAAAGCUGUUAGAUCUAUUCAUGAGUCUUGAUAAGGGAGACCAAAUGAAAUUCCAUGAAUAUAUGAGCCUAGUUAACUUGACUAUUAAUGACAUUCCCGACCCCAAAACUAUGUCAUCUCUCACGGAUUUGUAUUCUCUAUUUUGUUUUGUGGCUACUCUGUACCAUCACGGAUUACAUUACUUGUACAGAAAGACAUUUGAUCGUUCCAUCAAUGCAUUCCAAACAGCCAUAAUUUAUGACAAUAUUCUCACCAAAAUGCAUGGAGACAAGAAGUUGAGCAGAAAGAAAGAUAUCAUUACAUACACUGCAGUUUGUCUGCAGCAAAUAUUUUCACGAGGAUUGAAAACCAUCACAAAAGAUUUCAUGGAGGCUAUGAAUUGGAUUCGUUAUGCUGUAGAACACUUGCCUCUUGUCUGGAAUAGCACACUUCCAACCAACGAUUUUGUCUAUGAUAAGAUUUUAAAUUAUUUUCCAGUCUAUAUCAAUGAAAAUCAUGUAAGAAUUCAGUACAGUUGUGCUCAGCAUGUGGAUGAAAUUAUUGAGUACUGGAAAUAUUUGCAACAACAUCCAAUAUUUAGAAAUCACAACAUUAGAAAGGAUUUACAUAAUUUAAUUGAUCAAAACGCUCCAGCUGAAGACAUUGCCAAUAUGAGAAGACUCUUAAAGACCUCAAAUAUGGAAAUUGAGAAAAUGAACAGAGACUUACUCGCACAGAAUCGUGAAACCUACACCAUUUCAUUCCCAGAUGAUCCUGAGCGUUUAGCUCGCUCCAUCUCUUCUGAAAUUCACAAUGUAGAAAUGGAAUAUGCAAGAGACAUUCAAAUUCAUCCAAUGUAUAAUAGUGAUGCUGAUUUUGUUGCCGAGGAAGAAGCAGAAGAGAAUGAAUUCAUUGCUGAUUCGCAAGGAGUUACUGAAAUCACCCUUACACAUCAAGGUGACACUGAAAUUUCAAGAGAUGUCGUUGCUUCGUCCUCACCUCCAAUAGCAACCAGCACCACAUCCUCUGCGGUGAGCAAAACCUCCUACACCACAGUUUCUGAUGACAGUCCUACUUCAUCCAAUGUUGUGAAAUCUGAACAAGUUGCUGCUGCCUCCUCCUCAGAUUUUCAAAUAGAUAUUGACUAA